AUGUAGGAAAAACAAAAUGAAAUAUUUGAAAUUCUUCAAAAAUAAGUAGAUGAAAGAAAAUAAAAGAAAAAGUAAGAAAUGUUUUAACUAAAGAAAUAAAAAAUAGCAGAAAUUUAUUAAGACAAAAAAAAACUUGUAAAUAAUGCAAUUUACUAUUAUUUGGAUAGACUGAUGGUCUAGCUAAACAUCCUUAUUAAUUUUAUCCAGGAAAAGGAGUUGGAUAAUUUUUCUAGAAAAGUGACUUUCUCUUACCUAAAUAACAAAAAUCAGGUUUAGAAAGAAUUCAAAGUGCAUGGCUACCAACCUAUACUCAUUCUCGAUUAAUCAGUGCUACACCAUUUGAUACAGAGCCUUUUCCUCGUCCUCCAUCAGUAAAAGAGAAAGUUUGGAGACCGUUCUCAUCUUAACCGAAUAAGCUGAACAUGAUAUAAUUAGUACCUCAUAGUCCAAAAGAAGAUGCAUUAACUCCCAAGAAGAAUUCAAUGACCUUUGAUACAGGUGAAAAACUAGUACAAAUGAAACCAUUUUAACCAACCAGAAGAAUAUUUAGUGCAUUUCCAAAAUGAU